AUGUCUUCGAACGAAUUAGAUGGCCCUGGCUGCGACAGAUCUGGCGGGAGCUCAUCGAUAUGGAACUCUAUCCUGUCCCAAACCUCCGCCAUCGGCAUUUUGAAGCCCAACGUGGUCAACGAUGUCUAUCCAAACUCUUCGUCUAAGGGAGGCUUCUCGUCCUCUUCCUCCUCUCCGCCGAACCGCGGUGGCAGCAGCGGCGGUGGCACCACGUCUUCGGAAUCGAAAAGCGGGCGUUAG